CCUCCGACAGUCACUGCUGCUGCUUCAGCCUUGCCGCAUGCACAAUGCAGCCCCCCCACCUCCUCCUCUUCCUCUCUCUCCCGAGCCUCCUCCCUAGGAUGUGGGCAGACCCAGAGGCACAGCCAGAGGUUAUCCAGUACCUCCUGACUGGCCUCUUUGCCAACAUCAGCUCUGCUGAGGUGUCAUGCGUGGGUCUCGUAGAGGAUAUACCCAUCAUAGCACUGCAUCCAGCCAACUGGAGCAUCCACUUCUACUGGCCGUGGGUCAGCCAGGCUGCAGCUGAAGGCGAGGGGGAAAAGUUGAUGUCCCAGUACAAAAUUGGUCUCCGCAAUAUGAUCCGAUUUGUGCACGACAUGGUUCAGCAGACAAAACAGCACUACCCAUUGGUGGUCCAGUCCCGUGCAGGCUGUGUGCUGUACCCCAAUACGACAAGACAGAGCUUCCUGAAUGUCGGCUGGGGUGGCAGAGACCUCGUAGCUUUUGAGGUAGACAAACAGCACUGGGAAGUCCAGCGAGCAUCCCAGGUGGCAGAUCUGGUCAGCAAGAGACUUAACAGGCAGAAGUCCGUCACAGUGCUCCUGGAGUACCUUCUCUCCACCUGGAUGUGCCACAACAACUUCCUCACCCUGAAGAAGUAUGGGAGGGAAAUUCUGGAGAGACAAGAGCUGCCCGUGGCCACGGUCUUCGCCCGCACCCCCAGCCCAGCCCAGCUGCUGCUUGUUUGCCAUGUCACUGGCUUCUACCCCCGUCCCAUCAGUGUGGCCUGGCUGCGGGAUGGGCAGGAGGUGCCCCCGGGCCCGGCACUCAACACCAGCAGCAUCCUGCCCAACGCUGACCUCACCUACCAGCUCCGCAGUGUCCUGGCCGUGACCCCCCGUGAUGGGCACAGCUACGCCUGCCGUGUGCGCCACCGCAGCCUGGGCACCCGCAGCCUCCUCAUCCCAUGGGAAAACGGCAGCCCAGCUCCAACCGUCAGCAUCACCAUUGCAGUGCUGCUUCUCGUGGCCACAGCCUCUGCUGGGGGAUUCUGGUGGUGGAAGCGCAGGAAGGGUAACGAGGCUGCAUGGGAUACCCAGGAAUUCAUCAUUUGAGGCCUGGUUCUGCACACAGAAACAACAGCUUGCUCUCCCUUCUUACUUCAUGUCCCACCUCUGACCCAUCAGCACUGACAUGGUUUUGUUCUG